AUGCUUCAGCCUCCUCCCCACCGCCAGAAGCAUGUUUGGCACGCCCAAAUUCGGCCAAACAUGACGACUUACGACUUGGCGGCUUGCCUGCGACUGCUGCUGCAAAGUAUCCACCAAGGCGAUGAGGUGGAGUGGCAAGGCUGCCUGUGGCGCGUCGAGCUGUUGCACGAGGACCGCACCGUCACCCUAGUAGAGCCGCCCAGUACGGGCGGAGCGUCCGGCGGCGCAGCACGCAGGCGGGUCUUGUUGCGCGAUUGCCGCCUGCGACUUCCGCGCGGAGCCUUCCGGCAAAAGAAGACUCUCAGGAGAGAGAACCUGGAGUUGCUCAAGAGUGAGGAUCAUGGUCGGCUUGAUGCCACCGGGAAGGGCUGGAGGAAUCAGACUAGAGUCCAGCCUGUGGACCGCGUGGGGUGUCACUUCAUCCUCCCAAUGGCCCUCAGUCGCCCGGUACCGCCCAAUGUGACCGUGCAGCGUGUCACCUUGGAUGCGGUGGGCAUGGACCAAGGUUGGGGUAACACAGGAGACAGCGGCCUUUUGGUCCAGCUGCGCCGCGCGGGUGGUGACGAAGAAGAAGAGCCCCUCUUGGGUAUCGUCUACGACCGCAGGCGAAGCACGCGGCAGGAGCAUCGGGCCACGUCUGAGGAAUUGCGAGGCCCUUUUGCGCCUACCGCUGGGGACCAAUUCCGCGUCCUCCUGCGAUGUCCGAAUUAUCCUGGAUGGAAUGCCUUCUGCAGCCGCUUGUCCCUUCGCGUGGACUGCCUACAAGAGGUGGAGGAAGAGCUACCCUGGUCUUUGAGCGAUCACUGGCUCCAAGAGCGUGAAAAGGCCUUCUUCCGACUGUGGGCCGCGUUGGCCGAGGAUGAGUACGUGACCUUGGAUCACUCCCACUUGUCGCUGGCGGGACAGCAGCAGCAACAUGUCUGGAGCGCGAAGAUCACGGACAGCCGCUCUGCAGAGUUGCUCACCUCCCGCUUUGAGCUCUUGUCGCGUCACUCUGACGCCCGUGACCCCGCGCUCACGGCGGACGCGCUCCGCCGGGCCACGCAGCUGCUGACGAAGCUGCAGCGGAAUGAGGGCGCGGUGGGCGCUCCUGCACAAGCGGCAGAGAGGUCCGCGCGCUAUGCGGAGCUCACGGGCUAUGUGCACCGGACCUUCGAUGGAUUGGAACAGCAUCCCAAGCUCUUCCCCGCAGUGGUCCGGCAAUACGCCGACUGCGUAGACGAUUGUAUCUACCGCUGGGAACGGGAGAUCCACAACAUGCAUGAUUUGGUCACCGGUGAGGUCACUGGAUCUGACGCCUUGGACGCGGAGGACGAAGUGCUGCGAGUGCUCUACAGGCAGCGUCGCCAGAUGGCAGAAGAAAUCCUUCAUCAUACGAAGGGAGUCACGGAGACGGCCGACAUGCACUUUGAAAGCCAUUUCUAUGCCAGCAUCCACUUCGGCCUGGCAGAACAACUCACCGCGCGGCGCGAUCCACACCGACUCACCUAUCUCUCGUUGGACAGCCGCGUGAGGCCGGAUGUACUUCAAGCCCGGCUCUUCCAGGACUAUGUGCCUUCCCGGCUGCGGCGAGCGUUGCGGGAGGAGAUCUUCGAGUCCAAAAUGAGAGGUGCCCAGGCGCUGCGCGAGAAGCUCACCGACUGGCUCAGUGGACACAUCCCAGAGGGUUUUCGAGAGGACGAAUCUCCCGAUGCUCGAAGGGAGGCUUGGCUCUAUGGCUACUGUCACGAUGCCAACUUCCGCGUGACCAAUGAAGCAUUGAACUACAUGAUGUGCUGCAUGCAUAUCCUCUCCGCUCAUCCUUUGAUCCUGCAAGCCGCUGGGCAGCACCUUGCGCCACCCACGCCGCCGGGAAGCGCCCGCGCCGACACCGAGCCCGCAGUCGAAGGCGAAGGAAGAUGUCAAGUGAGCUGACGUCAUGUCGUGGGCGACUCCAGAAAUUCUCUUCGCGGAGCCCCCAGGUGCAGGCACUGCAGGCAGGUUGCGAUUCUAUACGCCCGGGAAGAGACCCACAUGGAACCUGAUGGCAUGGACCUUCGAACCAGAAGACCUUUUUUGCUCUACCACCCGACGUGGUUUUCAGGUUCCAUGUGGGUCUCUUUUGAAGGUUUGAUGCGAAUUGGGGUGGUUUGGCAGGGUUUCCAGGGGCACUGAUUUCCAGGUGACUGGAAGGGAGAUCGUUAUAGGUAUUCUCAGAUGAUGCAUCAUAUCUCUUUCAGUGAUCUCUACCUCACAGUCUCUAUCUUGG